AUGACGAUACGGCCUUUGUCACCUGAAUUAGCAGAAAAAGCUCGGAUAGAGUUAAAUGAAGAUCCGAAGAGAGUGGCAAGUGAUUUGCAAUAUAUCAAAGAAUGGUUAUCAAAACAACCCUAUAUAAGGGCUAGGACGGACGAUCAAUGGCUAGUAUCAUUUCUACGGGGCUGUAAAUACAGUCUUGAAAGAACAAAGGAAAAAUUAGAUCUUUUUUAUUCAUUGCGUACUCUAGCACCAGAACUAUUUAAUAUCAAACAUAAUAAUCCAAUUUUUGAAGAUUUUUUGAAUGUAGGGGCUUAUAUUGUAUUACCAAAAACAGCGAUGCCUGAUUCUCCGCGUAUAGCAAUAAUUCGUCCUGGAACCUUUAGUACCGAAAAACUUUCUAUGAGCGACUUCUUUUCCGUCACAACAGUGAUACAAACGAUUUUAUUGAACGAAGAUGAUACGGUAGUAGUAGCCGGUAUACAGUGGAUUGUUGAUUUGAAAGACGUAACCAUAGGCCAUCUACUGCAGAUGACACCAAGAUUAAUGAAGAGGAUGACUGUUCAUUCACAGGACGCAGCACCAUUCCGUAUGAAAGGAGUCCAUUUUUUAAAUGCGCCAGCUGCUUUUGAGAAAAUUUUAGGAACAUUAAAGAGCUUCUUGAAUGAAAAAAAUAAAAAUAGGAUAUUUGUAUGUAGAAAUAGUGAGGAAUUAUACAAAAAAAUACCUAAAGAAAUAUUACCACAGGAAUAUGGUGGUGAUAGUGUAUCAUUGAAAGAAAUAACAGAUUAUUGGAUAACCAAGGUAAAACAAUAUAGUUCGUGGCUAGAGGAGGACGAGAGAUAUGGCACGGAUGAAUCUAAACGACCCGGUCAGCCAAGAACUGCGGAAAGCUUGUUUGGAGUUGAAGGCUCCUUCCGGCAAUUGGACUUUGAC